CGCACACAACGCACUGCACCCACUGAUGCUGAAAGAACGGGAAAUGUAUUGCGCAUGCGCAGUUCAUCUUCACUAUGGCGGCUGAUUGGAAGGAUGUGGGGUCAAAGGUCAGAGAACAGCAUGCCGAUGACCGUAAUAUCUUUUGUACUGAUGAGGUUGGAGUGAGUGGUGAAGAUAGGAAAACGGUUCAAAAGCGGUCAACCCGUAAGCAGUUCCAGGAUUUGUCAUUUAAAAAUUCGGGCCAAAGAGGUGUGGAGCGAGUAUUUGUGAAUAGGGAUCGUCAGUCACAGAAAGGACGGGAAUCCCAGAAUGCAUGGCGUACUCCACGGCAAGGUGAUGUUGAGAGGGGAGUUAGGAACUCAGUGCAGGGCGAUAAACCAUCGUCCAAGAAGACAGAAGCCGGUGAUGCCGAACAAGCGCCAGUGAUGUCACAGCAGCAAGGAGUGGUCCGCAACGCAGGGGAACCAGUGCACAGAACAGCUGCACGUAAGACGGGUCCCUCAGCCGCGACUAGCAAAAAAGCACAAUUGGUUAAACAGCUCAUGAAAUCUCCAUCGAAACUAACGGCGCGUAAAACUGGCCCGAAUGCCAAUCGGUUGCCGUUGCCGAAAGGAAAAGUGCAUUUUAACGCCCGCAAACGGGCUGCAUUGCCAGUAAGGUUUGAUUUUCGCAGGUCCAGUCAAGGGGAAGUGCCGAAGAGACAUUUUGCUGCGCGAAAGUCAUGUCCCGUGGAAGGGGAAAACAUCAGUAGUCAUUCCCAUGAUGUACAGCUUGCUGACGAAAAAUUUAGUAUGACUAUUCUUAAACUGGAACCAGUACAGAAUGGUUUACCAUCAAAUGAGGAGUUGAAAGGCAGUACGACUGACCAACCUACCGAAACACCAAAACGGCAUAUAACCGCUCGGAAAUCAUGUCCAACACCAAAGAAUCCGGCCUACAAAGCCACCAAUCCAGAGGGCUCACAUAAAAAACCACAUCAGGUUCGAUUUGCAAACCAGAGAUCAGGGAAGAGGACAGCUAAUCAAGAUAAGAAACUGAACUUUGAUCUCGACAAGAGUCGUAAACGUAAUGCCGCUGCCGUGGCAGAAACUUCACCAGUCACUAAAAAACUGAAAUCCGCCUCGCUGGUGAUACCGCCAGUCAUCCAACGGGCGAUCAUGCUUGGUUUGGCCACGACAUCAUCAUUUCGCCCCGGAAUGAAAGCCGGUAUUCCAGUUGACGCCGAUACAAUCUUGUCUGAAAGACACACACAACCACUCGUGCACAAAUCAUCACCUCAAACCAAUACCUCAAAUGAUGCCAAAACUGGCUUAGAGAAAUCGGCCCCUGAUAUACGUCACAGCGCAUUUGAGGACCAAGUCGAGAAAAUGAAACAAUCAGGAGCAAGGGACACUAACGUGAUGGAAUCGCCAGGUUCAUCUCAAGUCGAUGACCAAGACGUUUUCAUGGACGACGAUCCUCCUAAGCUGAUCAGUAGCAGAGACCUUGAAGCUCAAGACAUGAGUGGUAGCGACGAAACACCAGAAUUAGAUAACCAACCACCUCCCGAUAUCACCUCAGCGGAGCCGAUGCACCAAACACUGCCCCCUAGUGGCGAGCUACAGUCCACCGAUCGUGAUAACCCAACCCCAAUACCAGGCACCACCGCGUCGUCAUGCAAUCCACGCCACGCCCUGGCUGCAGAUUUCCCUGUGGGUGCGGCUGGAUCAGCCACGCCCGACUCAUCGGCAACAGAGACCUGCCCAUCUGAUGUCAUCAAGAAGAAAAAGCGCCCUCGCACACACACGCACUUUGGUAUGAAGCGACAUCGUGUUGGACGAGGUGCAAAUAAACUCAACAGCUAUGAUUCUGACUCGACAGAUGUCCUGAGUGAAGCUGGCAGUGAAAUCCAACCGCCGGGUCAGAACAAGAAGAGAUCCAGCAGUUCCUCCACAGUGGCCAGCUUGGAAUCAGAAGUUGACUACUUGGCUCAGGGAAAUCUCGUUGAACACAACAGUAGCAAUCAUCAUCUUCAGUCUGAGCUACCUCUUUGUUGUUGCCGUAUGGAGCAGAAAGGUCCUUCGUCUAUCAUCCUAUCAACUUGUCGAGCAUUGGAAGUCAUUGAUAGCGAGUUGGUCGAGUGUAAGAAUAAGAUCAACACAGGCAAGUUACAUCGUCCAUCCUCCAGGGUUCCGUACGGCGCCUUCUGCUCGGACCAUCGAACACUGAUGACUGAACACAAGUGCUGCCCAGGAUGUGGCUGCUUUUGUACAACGGGAGUGGUAGUGGUGUGCAACCCAGAAGGAGACGACAAGAAAUCCCACCACUUCCAUCGAGAGUGCAUCAUGGACCUAGCUGGCGCCCUCUAUUGUCCACACUGUGGCAACACCGCGGGACUACGCGAAAUCUCCAUCCCGUCCAACGGGAACAUGGCCACGCUACGCAAGAUACCAAAGUCUAUGAUCCUCAGCGGCGUGGUCAGGUUGCCGAAGUCGUUGCUUGGGAAACUGACCGGUUGCCGUGACGAUGAAAAAUCAGUAGAAACGGAGGUGAAGGAAAACGGGGAGAAGGAAUCUGCCGAACAUGGACCAAGAGCUAAAAUGAGCAUUACCAAGAUGGACAAACCUGAGCCACUGACAGAAGAGGAAGGCUAUGCAGACCUACCCUCUAAGAGCAUGACGUUGAAAUCGGGAACAACCCUGACCUCAAAGCCAUUACCACCCGGACCCAAACGGGAUGUGCUAGAGGCAGUCAUGGAAUAUCUCAAUGCAGAUUCGCCAAAACGAAGCCGUUUCAUCCCCAAGAGUAUGUACGCAGCAGCCGCACAAGGAGAAAUGGGCAAAGUACUCCAGAUGCUUGCGGAAGGUUUUGACCCAAAUUAUCGCUUCCCCGCCCACAAUCAGGAGACUGCUUUACAUCCCGCUGCUGCAGCGGGUCAUUUGGAGAUUAUUGUAAUGCUGCUACAGGCCGGGGCUAAUAUGGAAGCUGAAGAUGAAGAUCAUAAAACACCACUGCACAUGGCAGUUGAGAAUGGCCAUAAUGACUCCAUGCGAUACCUGAUCAAGCACGGUGCUGUUGUACAGCACAAGGACGAUGAAGGAAUGACCAUCUUACACCUUGCAGCUAAGAAUGGCAAUUUUGAAGCAGUCAAAUUCAUCAUGAGUCUCAGGAAAAUCUACUCUAAUGCUCAGGACGAUGGCGGUUGGACACCAAUCAUCUGGGCUGCUGAGUAUAAACACAUACCUGUCGUCAAGUAUCUGAUUGAACGAGGGGCUGAUCCCAACAUCCGAGACAAGGAGGGUAACUCAGGUCUUCACUGGGCCGUCUUCUCUGGCACCGAAGACGUAGCUGAAAUCUUUCUCAACAGACACAGUGAUGUGCAUGCACCCAACAUUCAUGGAGACACACCGCUACACAUUGCCUCCAGAGAGAAUAAUUAUGGCUGUGUUACCAUGCUGCUUCUACGCAACGCCAACAUUGCAGUGACCAACCAAGAAGAAGAGACGCCGUUAGAUUGUGCUAAGCCCAACUCUGACGUCGCCCUCGCUCUACAGGUCAACGAGAAGAUGAAACUGGCGACCGGUAAUCGAGCAAUCAGGACCGAAAAGAUCAUCAGUCGUGACAUAGCUCGUGGUCUGGAAGCACUUCCCAUCACCGUCGUCAACGCUGUCAAUGACGAUCCCAUACCAACCGAUUUCCAUUACGUCGCCAAGAGCUGUGAGACGAAACCGCUCAAUAUCAACCACAGCAUCAAAAAUCCACCGAUGUGUACUUGCACAAAUGGAGAUUGUGCCAGUGAUGGUUGUGAAUGUGCCAACAACAGCGUGCAGUGCUGGUAUGACUCGGAUUGUCGGCUCUUCCCAGAUUUUGACUACCAUGAGCCCCCGCUGAUCUUUGAAUGUGGUCCAGGCUGUAAGUGUUGGCGAACCUGCCGUAAUCGUGUGGUCCAGAACGGCAUACGAUGCCACCUACAGCUGUACCGGACAGCUAAAAUAGGCUGGGGUGUGCGGGUCACUCAAGACGUACCACAGGGGACCUUCAUAUGCGAGUACGCAGGGGAACUAAUUUCUGAUGCGGAGGCUGACAAAAGGGAGGAUGAUUCUUACCUGUUUGAUCUCGAUAAUGAGGAGCGGGAGGUGUAUUGUAUCGAUGCCCGUUACUAUGGCAACAUCAGUCGUUUCAUUAAUCACCAGUGCGAUCCCAACAUCGUGCCGGUCCGGGUGUUUAUCGAGCACCGCGAUAUCAGCUUCCCCAGGAUUGCGUUCUUCGCUUCGCGUGACAUCAAAGCACAGGAGGAGCUUGGCUUUGACUACGGUGACAAGUUCUGGGCGAUAAAGUCCAAGUUUUUCACCUGUUGUUGUGGGUCUGUCCACUGCAAACAUGCUGAAGCAACGUCAGGAAGCAGCGAGGAAGGGGAACAAGAAAGCUGAAUCCAGAAUUCUCGCUCGUCCAAAAACACAAAUUGUGGUGUUCACUCUCUCUCUCUCUGUGAAAAUUUCUCAUACCUGAUAUUUGGGCCGAGUUUUAGAGAUCUGUGAAUCAGAAAAUAUUGCUUAUCGGUGUAGGCCGGGAACCAGUGAGUAACAAUACGCAUUGUAUGACGUUUUGGCCGGUUACCUGUUUUUUUUUGCCAAGUAAAGAUGUCCUGUGCUUAGAAAUGUGAGAUGAGUGUUGAUCCUGUGCAGAGAGUCAGAAAACUUAAUUUGGGGCUAAAAAGUGAAAAUGAUCAUGUGUUGUAAUUACAGGGUUUUCUCUUGAAAAAGCAAAUCAAGUUAUUGACGAGUUUUUAGAUGUUGACUGCGUUGUUGCUGUUGAUGUGUAUUCUGUCGAGUUCCAAUUUCAUCCUUUUGUAUCCAUUUUUUACUGAACUUCCUUCACACCACCGAAAUCACCCCGUGCCUUGUUGAUCCCAAAAUUUCGACCAAUCAUUUGAAAAUUGGCAUCAAUCUGUAGUCAUAAAUACCAUAAGAAUUUAUGCAGUCUCUUCACAGACUGACAAAAAUAUGCAAAGUUUUCAUCCUUGUUAGAGAGUCAAUCAAGACCAAAAUCACACUGAUGUUGAAUGAUAAAUUAUCAGUUUCACGCUUAUUCUAUAAAUCUCCGAUACUAGAGCCAGUACAUUUUUUUCUAAAGUUAUACCAAUCGUUAACUAUACUCAUGGCAUAUUUAUCGAGUCUCACAAUGAAUCCACUAACCCUCCGGCUAGCAGUCACGGACAGUCAAAAUUCACUUCAACUUCCCCUGCUAUACUUUUUUUAACAAAGGCUAGUCACCAGCAGUCAGAUCAUAUGUGAAGCCAGCACUGUAUCUAGUCAAACUGGGUCAACAGACAAAGCGGGCAAGUUGUGGUCACAGCUGUUUUAUCACUCACCGGGAGUUAAGAAAGCAUAGCUGUAUCAAUCUACUUACUCAGUCCAAGGCAGUCAAUCCUGCUUUAUGUGGGCAUGGGAAUUCUUACGGGUUGAAAACAGUCACUUGAUUGAUUUUGACUGCAAGGACAACUUGGCACAAAAUGUGUGUUUGCGUAGGAGGGUGUCACUGCCGUGAGCAUAAAUGAGCCAGGAAACACUCUAUACGACACCAUCUCUGUCCAGCGAUUUUGCCCAACAUUAAUCCCUUUUUUUAGCUUCAUAAUAAGCGCACCGCUACAGUCAGCCAGUCUUUGGGUGUCUCAUUCACCAGAUCAAUUAAUGAAACAUUGAUUCUUUGACUUCAUGCGGGCUGUGUAAACAGUCUGUGCUCAGCCACUUAAUAAUUUAGGUACACACUUCACGUUCCCGCCAUUUAAUCCAAGCGUUGGUUUUAUUGUUCUUUGUGUCCGCACUCAACAUGUAUUAUUUUUCUCACACCUGCGUUUUGUAAAACCUGUGAAUUCAGAAGUUGGUACAACAUUGUUAACACUACCAGUACUGCGGUGCAUAGGCUUUUAAAGGUGCACCAGGCGCCUAAGCUUUUAAAGGUGACCAAGCAGUUUGUCACUGCAUGGAGGUGGGAAUAUACCAUGGUCACUGUAAGGAUUGGAAUGGUUUUUUUUAUAUAAGUUUGAACAAAAAAUAGAAAGGAGUCCGCGUUUUUAUUACAAAAUAAUUUUUAAGACAUUACGUACAUUUAAACAAUUGCAGAUUCUUGAAAAUGGCACUUUAUUUUUUUCUUGGAAUCUACACAUUGAUGUUGCAGAUUUUUACUUAAACAAUCAUGUUAAUAUUUGUAUUUUUCCUGGCUUUUCAUGUCAAACGUUUGUUACCUUUUGUAAGUGUUUUUGUGAAUGAAAAAAACCCUGACAUUUUAUUGUGGUCUUGGCAAGUCGCAAUUUGGAAUAAUCAUUAGAGGAUUGAAACAGUCACAGCCAGUCAUGAAAGAUGUGUUUGUCAAUAGUGAGCAAGAAAUGACAAGAAAUAUGUACUGAUCUUAAAUGUGUUUUCUUUGGUCAUGUAAAAGCACAAAUGUACAUAGAUACUUUUGUUUUUAAUUUGUUGAAUUUCCAAGUUUAAUCAACAGGUUUAUCGUGCAGCACAAAAAAAGUUCUUCGUGAUGCUUGGUUUUCAGUUCUGUAACCCAAAAAAAGUCCAUUUUUGAUUGAAGUCGUUAAUGUUUUUCUCAUGUGGUUAUUGUUCAGUGUGUUUUAUUGAAGACUAAACAUGAAAAGUGAGUGGAUUUGCCACAGGGUAUAUAGACUUGCAUUGUUGGGGAUCUACAGUUUCAUUGAGAGGGAAUUGGACUCCUUGGUGUCUCUCUCAAUUCAAAAGGUUCAAAUACCCAAAGGGAAGGAUUCCUACACUUAGAGAGGAAGGCAGCAUCUUGGAUAUCGCUUGUAUUUCUUGGACAACUAAUCCCAAGAUGUUUCUAUUGUUAACGUUGUUCGAUGUGUUUCUUGUGACAAUAUUCUCUCAUUUUCAAAUUAGUGCGUGAAAGUCUAACACUUUUUUUGGUCUUUCUUUUUUUACGAUUUAUUCAAAAAGAAAAUGUUCAUUACAAAGCAGUUAUUUCUUGCUGUCCUUACAUGCUUAUUUCGUUGGAUUUUUUUAUCCAUAUUUGACGUUAAUUUCCGAUAUAGAAAAUCAGCAUCUUUCUCAUCUGUCUGUGUCAUGUUGUCUGUCAGUUGGUUUUCAAGAUGAUUGACCUCUUUGUCGUAAGAUGUGUACAGAAGAGAAUUUUGUGGGCGUGGCCACUCCCUUUUUUAGUCGUCACUCGAUAUGUUGUCUUUUUAGUGGUAAAAUCAAUUAUUUUGUUUGUUUUUAUGAUUUUCACAAAAGUGGAGGACAUAUUUUUUUUUGUUGCUAAGAGAAAUUGGACCACUUUCCUGCGAGAAGGCUUAUUAUAAAGUGUAGCGUAGAGUAUAGUGCAGUGGUAUGGUCAGUGAUAUGGAAAGUGUAAGAAUAAAGGACUUGAAAAGAGUUACAUGAAAAGAA